ACGUUGCGCGCGCGCAGAUAGUGAUUGUGUUGACCGUGACUCAAGUGUAAUAUCACCAUGAAUUACUUAGUCAUCAUUGCAUCUAUACUCUGUGUAGUUCAGGCACGACCAGGUCUGAUCUAUACCCAACCCUUUGGCGUCGCUGGCAUCGAAUAUGCCCACCCUUCGGUUCAAGCAGUUUCAUCUCAUCCCGCUGUUGAACUAAACGCCGCUAGUGAGGCUUUGUUGCCGCCGGAAUUGUUGAAAUCUCAUGCUUUUUAUAGUAACCCAGCAAUCGCCGCAAGCUUAGCGAAGGAAUCUUGGCUCACGAAGAAAGAAAUGCAAGUUAUCGAACGCGAGGCCGAAAAAAUUCCAAGACAACGCAUCUAUGAUAUCGUGAAAAGUGCAGGCUUUUUAGACAGACAUUGAUAUUUAAAAAAAAAAAUACCAUUUUCAAAUAUCAAUUUAAUUAAACUAAAAUGGUUUUCAAAUAUCACUAAAUCCAGCUGAAUGUAAUCAAAAUUUGAUUUAGCUAGAUUGAGUUUUAAUGGAAAGUUUGCUUAGUCCCACUGAUUUAGCAAAUAUUUUUGUUACGUUUGUACAGUAAAAUUAAUUUAUAAAUUGUUUCAAUGCAUUAUGAAUAUAUUUUAUACGAGUAUAUAAA